AUGGCUUCUCUCACUGACUUCAUCAAUUUGUCCUCCAAGCCUUUGCUAUGGUCCGUCGCAUCCAUCUUCUUCAACCCGAUUUUCUGGAACGUUGUUGCCCGCACAGAGCACCGCAAUCACUUCUUGACUCGUAUCUUCGGAGGCGCUUAUAAUGGCUGCUAUGUCCUUGCUGUCACUAUUUUCUCACUCGGAAUUUACCGUGACCAUCUCUACCAGCUCGCCUUGCAGGAUCAGCCCUUCUACGCUCCUGUGUACCAGCCGGUCAUUGGCGGUAUUCUGUUCGCCAUUGGCUCCGUCCUGGUUCUCUCUAGUAUGUGGGCUCUUGGUGUGACUGGCACCUACCUUGGCGACUACUUCGGUAUCCUCAUGGACGCUCCUGUCACUGGUUUCCCCUUCAACGUGACCGGCUCCCCCAUGUACUGGGGUAGCACCCUCAACUUCCUCGGUGUUGCCCUCUAUCAUGGAAAAGUUGCUGGCAUUCUCUUGACUGCUCAGGUCUUUGUUGUCUAUUGGUUCGCUCUUGGUUGGGAGGACCCCUUCACUGCCGAGAUAUAUGCCAAGCGUGAGCGCGAGCGUGCCAAGAAGCAGGGCGGCAAGCGGCAAUAA